AUGCUUUCCCGGGCGGCGAGACCAGCUCUGCGAGCUGCGGCUGCGGCUCCCUCGCGAGUUACGGCCAGCGCGCCCACCAACGCUGCCAACUUCGCGACCCUCCGUGAAAUCGAAGGCCGCCUCAAGUCCAUUCGCAACAUCGAGAAGAUCACCAAGACGAUGAAGAUUGUCGCCUCGACCAAGCUCAACCGCGCCCAGAAGGCCAUGUCCGACUCUCGCGUCUACGGCGCCACCUCCAACGAGGUCUUCGACUCCGCCGAGACCAAGCCCCUCGAGGGCGAGGGCAAGAGAGAGCUCAUCAUCAUCUGCUCCUCCGACAAGGGUCUCUGCGGUGGUAUUCACUCUGGUCUCUCCCGUACCAUCCGUCGCGAGUUCGCCGAGAAGAACGCCACCGCCGACCUCGUCAUCCUCGGCGAGAAGUGCAAGGCCCAGCUUCAGCGCACCAACGCCAAGGACAUCCGUCUCUCCUUCGCCGGCGUCGGCAAGGACGUCCCCACCUUUGCUGAUGCAUCUGCCAUCGCCGACCAGAUCGUUCAGCUCGCUGGCGACUACUCCUCCAUCAAGAUCCUCCACAACAAGUUCAUCAACGCCACCAGCUACGAGCCUGUCACUAUUGAGGCAUUUUCCGAGGAGGCCAUCACCCAGUCUCCCAACUUCUCCGCCUUCGAGGUCGAUGAGGAGCUCAUCCCCAACCUCCGCGAGUACGCUCUUGCCAACUCCAUCUACUGGGCUCUGGCUGAGGGUCACGCCUGCGAGAUCUCUGCCCGUAGAAACGCCAUGGACAACGCCUCCAAGAACGCUGGUGAGAUGAUCCAGAAGUACCAGAUUCUCUUCAACCGUACCCGUCAAGCCGUCAUUACCGGAGAGUUGGUUGAGAUUAUCACUGGUGCCACUGCCUCCGAGGACAUGUAA